CAUAGCUUGUUUAAAGAAACAAUAUUUCCUCCAAUAUAAUCACAACAAAUUAACAAGCUUGUUUACACAUGGAAACUGUUACUGCUGCUUCUUCGACAUCAAGGUUUCGGUUCAGGGAUAUUCCCGCUGAUGACGAUUCAACGGAUGCUCAUUCCGCCUCUGAUUUUUCCUCUGUUUCCAGUGAUUUUGAUGCUGAUACAGAGCUCCAGUCCAUGACUGCUAAGGGCAUUACUCAUCUUUGUUCAGAACUCCUUGAGUUGAAAAGAGAGUCCGAGGAAGAUUUUCAGAAAAUCAUCUUCACAAAUUACUCAGUAUUUAUUGGGAUAUUUGAAGGGACAAAAAAUCUAGAAAGUGACUUAUUGCAACUGAAGUAUCAGGUUGGAAAGCAGAAAGGGCUCAUAAAAGAUCUUACAAAUGGUGUUUUUCUAAAGUUUCUCGAAGAGGAGAAGACAGAGUCAAAUCUUGAAAGUUUAUCCGAUUAUACGUCUUUGUCCAGCAUUAUUGAUGCUCACACAAACGAGGUUUCUGAAAUUCUGGAUGAUCUUCUUUCAGAACAUCGAUUGGAUGAAGCUAUUUCUUUCUUGGAGAAGGAAGCUGAGUUCUUCAAAUAUAGCCAGUUGACGGAGAACCCUUUAACGGAUGAAUUGAUGUGUUAUAACUCUAAAAUAUCAGAGAAGACAUCUAUGAUUGCAGAUCAGUUGACAGUAGUAGCUAAAAAUCCUCGCGUUUCUGCACCUGAACUGCAGAAAGCAUUGGUUGGCCUCCGUAGAAUUGGUGAAAGUGAUCUUGCAACUGAAUUAUUGCUUAAGUAUUAUCAAUCACGCAUUGCAGAUGGCACACAUGAUAUGUUUUUCUCCAAGGCCUAUACACACGAACUAUAUCUUCGAGAAGUCACAAAGUUUUUAUUUUCCAUGAUCUCCCAAGCAGCUAAAAGUUUCACCCUUUUGCAUGGUGAGAAUUCAUCUUAUGAGUCAGAAUUACAUCGGUGGGUGAUGGAACAAACUGCAAUCUUUUCUGUCUGUUUCAAUAAUUAUGUUAUAUCCAUGGCAGAGCCAAGUACUGGCCUAUCAACAGCAGUAGAGGCUGUACAAUCCACAAUGGCUUAUUGCUCUUUGUUAGAGGCACAGGGAAUUGAAUUGCAAUCGUCUUUGAUAGAACAUAUCCGUCCAUGUAUACACGAGGUCUUACAGAUCCAUGUACAACACUUUAAGAAAGUGAUCGGUAUCUUUACCUCAUGCGAGACUUGGGUUCUGGGAAGAUAUCUAGUAUCAGGAAUUUUAUUGCCUGAUAGUUAUUCCACCAACACUGGCCAGCCGCUAUCAGAAUAUUGUCUGCUUACCAACAGUGGUCGAAAGUUCAUAACACUAAAUCAGGCCAUACUUGAAGAAGUUUCUCCGCUAAUCCAACUACAUAUGGAAGGCUUACUUUUAAGAGGCCUUCUAGAUCUUUUUACAGAGUAUAUGUCUAUUUUGGAAAGCGCACUGACAAAUCAGAUAGAAAUUGAGGAAGUCGAUUCAAGAAUCAAUAUUGCAGAGUCAGUAGAACAACAAGUUUCUGUUAUUUCUAACUUAUCAAAACUAGGACAAAUCUUCUCCAGUAUGAUUCGGAGGGCAUUCUGUGACACCUACCACUUGGAGUUUGAGAUCGAUAAUUAUGAGCUCUUCAUUAGCGACAACUGUAGUCGUCUAAGAUCUCAAUUCUGCAAGCAAUUAAUUCUUAAAAGUGGCCAUAGAUGUAGUCCUUCUCCAGCAUGUUGCACUGAUCUACAGCCCUCUAUUUCUUACCAGGAAUUGUAUUUCGCAUUAAGGAAUCUAAAAGAGCAUGCUGAUGACACUCUUAUCAAAAUGAAAUGGUUAAAGGAUCUAUUCAUUGAGCUGAUGGAGAUGAUGUUAGAUACGAAUAUGGAUAAAGAAGAAACUUUUCUAAUUUUGAAUCUUAAACAGCUUACUCUUGAUAUCCACUUUCUCCUUGAAAUUGCUAAAUGGGGAGGAUACUUGUCUGAUACCAUCAUGAAUGUCUAUUUUAAUUCGGAAUCUCGUAUAAAAUCAGCGUUCCUCUAUGCUGGAAUGGAUCUUGAAAGGUACAUGAUCUAUGUCGGAUGGGUGACAAAGACUGCUAUUGACACCCUGCAGAAGCUGCAUGAACUUGAUAAAGCGGAAAUGCUUGGCAGUGAGUUUAUUGAUAAUAUUGAAGAUGAAACGAACAAUUCUACUGAAACAUGCGGCAGCAUUGAUGCUACCAAAUCAGAAGAUGUUACAGCUUGUAUCAAGAUGUUCAAAAUCGGUAUUGUAUCCAAGGAAGGUAAUGCAAGUGUUGAAGAAGAGAAUGAGAAGUGAGGUAUAUCAGGUCUUUUUUCCAUUUUUGUGUGUGUUAAUACUAGAACUAGAAUAGAGUCGAUGUUCACAACAAAUUCUAAUGACUAGCAUCA